CUCCCAGCCCCCGCCCCCAGCCCCCAGCCCCCAGCCACAACUCCUCUCCUACCCCGACCCCCGGAAUCACUCAGCCUACCCGGGCCUCAUUCAUCCUCGGAAUCUCUACAACCACCAACAAGUGUCAGACCCAGAAGCGUUUCUGAAGCGGCUCGACUGCGAGAAGCUCAGACUGUUCUGGCUAGCUCAGCUUAAGCGGUUCGACGGCGGCGGCGGCGACGCCUGCGGCUGCGUCUGAGAAGCCACGGCAGUACCCAGAAAGUAAAAUCAAUUUUUUUCUGAAGAUGGAAGGGAUUUUAGGGCAGAACAGGCUUGAAGAUGUGAGUUGGCUUUGCUCCCUCUCCGAGUCCGAGCUUGACAUGUUGAUUAGCCUAAAAAGCAUUGUUCUUCAACGUGCAAGAAUGAUUGGGCAUGAGGAACUAGCCAACAAUUUUGAUCUCAAGAUGCUUCGAGCUCUUGCAUUUGUUCUUAUGGAAUGUAUCAGAGAUAAGGUGAAGGAUUUGACACUGGCCGAAUCUGCUGCAUUUAUGGAAAGUUGCAAUCUAUUAAAAUACAACCUUGGUGAUAUUAUGAGUCUUGAAGAGAUAAGGGCAUGUAUUGGGAUCAAUUCGAGAAAGGGUCCAAUAAAAAGAAGCCCACACAAAGAAACAACUAUAAAUCCGAAGAAACAGAAAAGUGAAACCAGCAAAUCAUGAAAGCAAGCGGUGCACAGGUAAAGAGGAUUAGUCACAUAUUUGAAACAAAGCAUUGAGUUUCCAGAGAGCUACUAAACCCUGCCUCUAGAAAAUAGGUUGCAAAAUGUACAGCUGUACUUGAGAAUAUCAUUCACAUAUUUGAAAUUCAUCAUUUUUUUCUUGGUUAGAUUACAUGUGAAGUCCAAGGUCUAAAUUCCUUGGAAUUUUGAUAUUCGUCUCAUGUAAUUUUACAAAUAUGAAUGCAAGGUUACAUUACAAUUUACAACUUUA